CCCCCCGCCUAGAGGUCCGAUCCAGUUCUGACGUAAGUACGUUGUUUCACGAAAAAAUCAGGUUUGGAUCGUGAACCUCCGUUGGUCCGUUGGAGGACGUGGCGGACGGAAGAGUUAGUGUAGGCCCAUCGCUCGUCUCGACCAGACCGCCCAUCGUGGAUUCCCGCCCCUAACUAAGGCCACAGCACGGGACCCGUCAAAAUGGCGCCGCCCACCGUCCGGUUCACGCAGCUUUUCAUCGACAACGAGUUUGUGGACGCGUUGUCCGGACGCACGUUCGCCACGCUCAAUCCGGCCACCGAGACCGAGAUUGCCCAGGUGGCCGAGGCCGAUGUAGCCGAUGUCGAUCGAGCCGUGCCCGGCGCUCAACGGGCCUUUACGGGCUCGGCUUGGCGCACGCUGGACGCCUCCCAACGCGGCCAACUCUUGCACGAACUGGCGGCGGCCAUGCAUCGCGCGGACUACAUUGCCGCCUUGGACACGCUGGACAAUGGCAAGCCUUUGGCCACGUCGUUGGAGGACGUGGCGGCCUCGGUGGAUUGCUUGCGCUAUUUUGCGGGCUGGGCCGACAAGAUCCAUGGGCAAACCAUCCCGGUAGACGGCUCUUUCUUCACCUUUACGCGUCCAGAGCCCAUGGGCGUAGUCGGGCAAAUCAUUCCCUGGAAUUACCCCGUGGCCAUGUUGUGCUGGAAAUGGGGGCCGGCCUUGGCUGCGGGCUGCACCUUGAUCCUGAAACCGGCCGAGCAAACCCCGCUCAGCGCCCUGUACAUGGCCCACUUGGCCCGGGAGGUGGGCUUCCCGGCCGGCGUAAUCAACGUCGUGCCCGGCUUCGGCCCCACGGCUGGGGCGGCUAUGGCCCAUCAUCCCGACAUUCAGAAGGUGGCCUUCACGGGGUCCACGGAGGUAGGCAAGCUGAUCAUGCAAGCUGCCGGGGCCAGCAACUUGAAGCGGGUCUCGUUGGAGUUAGGCGGUAAGAGUCCGUUGGUGGUGUUCGAUGACGCCCACGAUCUGGACGAGGCGGUGAAAAUCUGUUACGACGCCAUCUUCGCCAAUCACGGCCAGAACUGUUGUGCGGGUUCACGGACGUUUGUUCAAGCUGGAAUCUACGAUCAGUUUGUGGCCAAGGCCAAAGCCAUGGCCUCGCGUCGAACGGUAGGUGAUCCCUGGACCGAGGUCGAUCAAGGUCCCCAGAUCGAUCGAGCUCAGUUCGACAAGAUCUUGGACCUCAUCGAAAGUGGAAAGAGCCAGGGCGCCAUCCUCGAAACGGGAGGAAGUCGUCACGGCUCCCAAGGCUUCUUCGUUGAGCCUACCGUGUUUUCCGGGGUCCAAGAUGACAUGCGGAUUGCUCGGGAGGAGAUUUUUGGCCCGGUUCAGUCCAUUUUCAAGUUCCACACCAUGGAUGAAAUGGUGGAACGAGCCAAUGCCACUCAAUACGGUCUAGCCGCCGGUAUCAUUACCCGGGAUAUCAACAAAGCCAUGAUGUUCGCCCAAGCCGCUCAAGCGGGCUCGGUGUGGAUCAAUUGCUAUGAUAUUGUUGUGGCUCAGACCCCGUUUGGCGGCUUCAAGCAAUCCGGACAGGGGCGCGAACUCGGUCCCGAAGGCGUGAAGGAAUACCUCGAGACCAAAACGGUGACCAUGGCCAUACCGCAAAAGAACUCUUAACUAAUAUUUUCUGAACCCUCUAGACGAGCUACUGAAAUAUAAAAGAAAAAGGAA